CGAGAGCAGCUUCCGGCGUCGCUGGUGUAGGUGGGUGAAGAAGGAGCGGGCCCUCGCCGCCCUGUCUUAGUUCCUCGCGCUCUCUCGGGCAACAUGGCGGGUGUGGAGGAGGCAGCGUCCUGCGGGAGCCACCUGAAUGGCGACCUGGAUCCAGACGACAGGGAGGAGGGAGCUGCCUCUACUGCUGAGGAGGCGGCCAAGAAAAAAAGACGGAAGAAGAAGAAGAGUAAAGGAGCUGCCACAGCAGAGCAACAGGAGCCUGAUAAAGAAUCAGGAGCCUCGGUUGAUGAGGUAGCAAGACAGUUGGAAAGACAAGCAUUGGAAGAGAAAGAAAGAGUUGAUGACGAUGAAGAUGGAGAUGGUGAUGGAGAUGGAGCAACUGGAAAGAAGAAGAAAAAGAAGAAGAAGAAGAGAGGACCAAAAGUUCAAACAGACCCUCCCUCAGUUCCAAUAUGUGACCUGUAUCCUAAUGGUGUAUUUCCCAAAGGACAAGAAUGCGAGUACCCACCCACACAAGAUGGGCGAACAGCUGCUUGGAGAACUACAAGUGAAGAAAAGAAAGCACUAGAUCAAGCUAGUGAAGAGAUUUGGAACGAUUUUCGAGAAGCUGCAGAAGCACAUCGACAAGUUAGAAAAUAUGUCAUGAGCUGGAUCAAGCCUGGGAUGACAAUGAUAGAAAUCUGUGAAAAGUUGGAAGACUGUUCACGGAAGUUAAUAAAAGAGAAUGGAUUAAAUGCAGGCCUGGCAUUUCCUACUGGGUGUUCUCUGAAUAACUGUGCUGCCCAUUAUACUCCCAAUGCUGGUGACACAACAGUAUUACAGUAUGAUGACAUCUGUAAGAUAGACUUUGGAACACAUAUAAGUGGUAGGAUUAUUGACUGCGCUUUUACUGUCACUUUUAAUCCCAAAUAUGAUACAUUAUUAAAAGCUGUAAAAGAUGCCACUAACACUGGAAUAAAGUGUGCUGGCAUCGAUGUCCGUCUAUGUGAUGUUGGUGAGGCCAUCCAAGAAGUUAUGGAAUCCUACGAAGUUGAAAUAGAUGGGAAGACAUAUCAAGUGAAACCAAUCCGUAAUCUAAAUGGCCAUUCAAUUGGGCCAUAUAGAAUACAUGCUGGGAAAACAGUGCCCAUUGUGAAAGGAGGAGAGGCAACAAGAAUGGAGGAAGGAGAAGUAUAUGCCAUUGAAACCUUUGGUAGCACAGGAAAAGGCGUGGUUCAUGAUGAUAUGGAAUGUUCACAUUACAUGAAAAAUUUUGAUGUUGGACACGUGCCAAUAAGGCUUCCAAGAACAAAACACUUGUUAAAUGUCAUCAAUGAAAACUUUGGCACCCUUGCCUUCUGCCGCAGAUGGCUGGAUCGUUUGGGAGAAAGUAAAUAUUUGAUGGCUCUGAAGAAUCUGUGUGACUUGGGUAUUGUAGAUCCAUAUCCACCAUUAUGUGACAUUAAAGGAUCAUAUACAGCGCAGUUUGAACAUACCAUACUUUUGCGUCCAACAUGUAAAGAAGUUGUCAGCAGAGGAGAUGACUAUUAAACUUAGUCCAGAGCCACCGCAACACCUUUUAUUUUCUAAGCUUUGUUGGAAUACAUUAUACCAGAAUUUGCAACGUGUUGUCUGUUUAACAGUGGACGUAUGUCAUACUUUUAUCCAUGUUUAAAAAGGAAGGAAUUUGAUAAAAGGCAAACCAUUUAAUGUAAUUAACCAAGGAAAAAGCUUUCAGGACUUUGAAAUGUUAACUGUUUUCCUUCUGUCUAGGAAAUGCUAUAAAGCUCCAAUUAAUUAGGAAUGACCUAACACAUUUUGUUUCAAACACCUAAGAGAUGCUUUUCAGAUAUUUAUAUUGCCAUAUUCUUAAUUGAAUGCUUUGAAUGACUACAUCCAGUUCUGCACCUAUACCCUCUGGUAUUGCUUUUUAACCUUCCUGGAAUCCAUUUUCUAAAAAAUAAAGACGUUUUCAGAUCUGA